AUGUCCUUCCGCACCCUCAGAAUCGGCCUCAUCCCCGGUGAUGGCAUCGGCAAGGAGGUCAUCCCCGCCGGCCGCCGCAUUCUCGAAGCUCUUCCCUCCUCUCUCGGCCUCAAGUUCGACUUUGUCGACCUCAAGGCUGGCUUCGAGACCUUUGAGCAGACCGGCGCUGCGCUCCCCGACAAGACUGUCGACGUUCUCAAGAACGAGUGCGAUGGUGCGCUUUUUGGAGCCGUGAGCUCGCCUACACAGGCUGUCAAGGGUUACUCAUCGCCCAUUGUCGCUCUGCGAAAGAAGCUCGACCUCUACGCCAACGUCCGUCCCGUCAAGACUGUCAUGACCGCUGCUAAGCCUAUUGACAUGGUCAUUGUCCGCGAGAACACUGAGGAUCUGUACGUCAAGCAGGAGCAGACCCAUGAGACUCCCGAGGGCAAGGUUGCCGAGGCUAUUAAGCGCAUUUCCGAGAAGGCUUCGUUCCGCAUUGCUACCAUGGCUGGUGACAUUGCUCUGCGUCGCCAAAAGAUUCGUGAUGCUGGUGCCUCUAGCAUUCACAAGUCUCCUCUCGUCACCAUCACCCACAAGUCCAACGUCCUGUCCCAGACCGACGGUCUCUUCCGCGCUACCUCCAAGAAGGCCCUUGCCGAUCCCAAGUUCUCAUCUGUUGCUGUUGAGGAGCAGAUUGUCGACUCUAUGGUUUACAAGCUCUUCCGUCAGCCCGAGGACUACGACGUCAUUGUCGCUCCUAACCUGUACGGUGACAUUCUCUCCGACGGUGCUGCUGCUCUUGUCGGCAGCUUGGGUCUCGUCCCCAGUGCCAACGUUGGUGAGGGUUUCGCUAUUGGUGAGCCUUGCCAUGGCAGUGCUCCCGAUAUUCAGGGCCAGAACAUCGCCAACCCCAUUGCUACUCUCCGAUCCACUGCUCUGAUGCUCGAGUUCCUCAACGAGGAGGAGGCUGCUGCUAAGAUCUACGCUGCUGUUGACGGCAACCUUGAGGAGGGCAAGCUCUUGAGCCCCGACCUGGGCGGUAAGGCCACUACCGAGGAGGUUGUCGCUGACAUUCUCCGACGCCUGUAA